AUGCGCGCUUUAAUUUCUCAGUCACGCCUGGCGCGUCUGCCCAAACGAACUCGUUUAAAGGCUUAUGUAUAUAUCCGCAGUGUCCGGUAUUUGUCGACGUGCCGCGAUGAGACAUUCUCCGUUUCGAUCGGUAACAAUGGUUUUGUUUCAUUAAGGUAUGAUAGCCCCGAAGUUACACGACCAGCGACGACCCAUUGUGAUGUCCCUUCUGGGUCGAAGGUGAUUCUCUACCUACCACCAGGUCCCAUAUUCCAGGGAUCCGAGGGGGAAAAAUCAGUUCAGAACCAAUCCGAUCAUGAUGUUCCACUUAAUCCUCGAAGGAAUUUGGUAUUAGGGCUUUCUGGCUCUGAUGAAAACUCUCUGCAACAUGCUCUGGCCUCCAUGACUUCCGCGACAGUGGUGACAGUGAAUUAUCGUCUCGGGGCAGCAGACAAGGAGACCCCCUUGACCAGAGGCACUGAAUCACAGCUUGAGUCAGAGAAAGGACCAGAUUCAAAGUGCCGAACAGCGGAGUUUUACAAAUACCCGACUCCAGUACAUGACACUCUGGCCGGAUUCGACUGGAUCAAAAACAAUCUCCAACCCACGAAGCUCGGAGUCUUCGGCUCACACAUCGGCGGUUCACUGUCAUUAAUGUUAGCGCUCACAGAACCGCAACUCGUACACGCUGUUGCUGCUUACGAGCCCAUAUGCGACUGGCCAGGACUUGAUGAGUACUGUACCCACGAAGAUAAUGCAGACCAAGAAAGCUCAACGAAACAAAAGCGAUCAACUAGACGGAAAUCCGCCCCUGCAGAUCUUGUUCCCCUUCUCGAGGCACGUGAACGAUUAUUCGCAUCCUUUGAGCGGUGCUUUGAUGCAUUUGCCUCGCCAGUCCUGUUUCUUCGCUCUGCGGGACGGGAUAUUCCAAAAACAUUUCCUCAGUAUCUGACGGGGCCGGAAUAUCCCAUUCCAGUGCUGAAGAAUACGGGCAAGAUGACUUCCGAGGAAUAUGAUUCCCCUACAAGUUCUUUAUGGGAUAGAGACAUGUACCCUGGCUCAGACACUGACGGGGAUAUUGAUCCACCCGUCCGUCGUCGGAAGGCGCUGUCUCGCUGGCCACCGUAUGGGUUAGAUUAUGGGCUUAAUAAUGAAGUCUGGACUGGUCCGGAUCAUGGUAUUGGUAGACUGCAAGUCACUUUGCCGUGGGUGCGAGUCUUUUUGGGGAAUAGGUCUGCUGGAUCGCAGGUCACUUCGAGCAGCAAGGGUACGGCUGCGAGAUCUACAGUUCUUGAACACCAGGGUGAGGAAAUUGUGUCCGUUAUGCGGAAGGCAUGUUUCUGGGGUCGUGAGAAAGGGUUCGGAGAGCGCAUAGUGACUCUUUCAAGAGAAGACGACUUUCCUGGGCAGGAAGUGGCAAAUUACUUCCAAGAUGUAUUCAAUAAAGAAAGUAGUGAUGACGACUAG